ACGUACGUGCCAUCCUAUGCAAACGGGACCGAGACUGAUUUCAGGACGAUGAACAGAAUUACGGGCCUCUGGACUUCCUUUGACGUAAAUCGCUAAUUCUCCAGUUCAAUUUAAUAUCAUGCUUUACCAUGUCGACUUACUGACUUUCCAUUGAUCGACGAACUUCAAUCACUUUCAGAUUGCCGAGACUCACUGCUGCGGAGUAAUGCGAGGAGAACACGAAUUAUUUGCGAGAUUCAAAAUACAGCGGAGGAUUCAUUAGUUAUGGAAUCUGCACUUUUCGAGGUCAGAAUUCGCCUUUGGGAGUGACCCGCUGGUUCACUCAUUUCCGACGGAAGUUCGUAUUCGUCGUUUAAUGUCAUCAGUCUUAUUCUUCAUAGGUUUCGCUUUUAUUCAACGACAUUGAAAUAAGGAGGACGUUGAGGUUGAGUCCGCGUUCUCUGCUGUGUGAUCGGAGUCGUGUACGAUCUGCUGAGAAUUUCUUGUCGAAGCAAUAUUAUUGUGCCAAUGCUAAUACGCCUUUUCGAACAGUCGUCCACUCACUGAUAAUAUUACGUAUCAGAGGACAUGAAUAAAGAAACGAUUUAUCCGUUCAAUAUUUGCAACAGCUAGUGGUCAGUAUCUACUGUUUGUAAUAUAUGCGGCAGAGUCAGUGUGACACUGAAUACAAUUUAUUUACAGUGCGAUUCAAGUUGACGGUGCACAGACGUGUUUUCCAAUCCAGUAAAGAAUGUUGAGAUUAUCAAUAAAAAUUACGACAUACUUAUCAUUUUUACAAUGCUGCUGUUACGCGAAUCCAUCUGUUACCAUCUAUCAAGGCCGUUUAGCAGGUAUCUACACAGUGACGCAUAAUGAUCGAAUUGUGUACAGUUUUUUAGGUAUCCCGUACGCAGAACCACCAAUUGGGAACCUGAGAUUUAAGGCACCUCAGCCUCCAAAACCCUGGACCGGUACUUACCGAGCUGAAAACGGAAGCAUAAGUUGCAUUCAAAUUCAAAAUGAGAAAAUUGUAGGAGUCGAAGACUGUCUCUACCUGAACGUUUAUACACCGCAGCUCCCGGAAGAUAGCUCAGUAUUGCUACCAGUAAUGGCAGCAAUUUACGGUGGAAAUUUCAAAAACGGUUCGGCAAGUCCUGAUUUCUACGGUCCCCAGUAUAUUCUCGAUCACAACGUGGUCCUCGUGACAAUGAACUACCGUCUGGGCGUCUUUGGCUUCAUGAGCACCGGAGACGAAGCGUCGCCUGGGAAUUACGGGCUGAAGGAUCAGACGAUGGCGCUGCGAUGGGUCCAGAGGAACAUCGGCGCCUUUGGCGGCGAUGCUGACCAAGUGACCUUGAUUGGGUUCAGUUCUGGUGCAACAUCUGCUCACCUCUUAUCACUCUCAGACAAGACAAAAGGGUUGUUCCACAAGCUGAUCUUGCACAGUGGAACCGCCACUUGCCUUCACGGAUAUCGAGACAAGUCGCUGGCCGCCAAGACGACUCACGAAAUUGCCGAAUUCUUCGACUGCCCAACCGAAAACUCGACCCUCAUCGUCCGAUGCCUCCGCAAACUGAAAGCGUCCACCCUCGCAUCAUGGAAGAUGUUAUACCUCGGAAUAUUAUUUUUUCCCACGAACGAACCCGAAUCCGACGAAGCCAUCGUCACCGACAGUCCGGCGAACUUGAUGAACCAAGGGAAAAUGCGGGAUUUGCCUUGGAUAUGUGGAAACGUACGUGACGAAGGUGCCUUCAAGAUGUCGCUGGAGUACACUAACUUAACCAAGUUCGAGGAGUCUGUAUCGCGAUUGAACGAUACCAUUAAAAAGGAUAUUGAGCAGCUUGGUAGGAACGACACUGCCGAUUUAUUCGAAGCUGUCACGGCUUACUAUUUUAAUGACUGGACCGUCGAUCAUGCUACGGUGAUAAAAAAUUACACGGACAUGUUUGGUGAUUUAAGUUUUUUUUAUCCGACGAUCGAAUGGCUGGAAACACAAGCGCGUAGCGGGAACCAAGCAGGAUACAUGUACGUGUUUGAAUAUCGAGGCACAUUCAGUUCAUCCUAUGAGAAGACGGGUAGCGAGAGAAAUAUGGGCGUGUGGCAUGGCGACGAUUUAAUAUACUUAUUUCCUUGUGCGAAUUCGAGUCUCGCGGCACACAAGAAAAACAUGAGUCGGACGGAUUUGAAAAUGAUGAAACAAUUGACGGGACUUUGGACAUCCUUUGUCACACAUGGGGUACCGACGCUGCCCGAAUGGGGCAGCACCGAACGAUGGUGGAAAUACGAUGCACGUGGCAGUUACCUUCGAAUUGGGAGUAAUUCGGAUCUGUCGUUGAUCAUGAAAACGUCACUUCACGAGAACAGAAUGAAUUUCUGGAGAAAAUUACUGGGUCAACGUAUUUCAGGAUCCGAAGACGCUUCAGCGGGCACCCUUACUACUGUCAUGGCUGGUUACGUAAUUUUAUCUUACGGUUACACUUCUUAAAAAUUCUACUGAUUGAGAGUGACUUUUAGAAGCACUGCAAUACACUGUUACUUUGGCUCUCCUUAAAAAUACAAAAUAUUCGCUUUAAACGACACGAGUCUUGAAUUUUUAAAAUAGCACCGUUCAUCCCAAAAUAUCUCAUUGAAUAUAUAUGUAUACAGUAUGAAUUGUUCAUGUUAGCGCAAAAGGCAAAUGUGGCAAGAAUAAAUAAUGGUGAAAAAUCGCGAAAA